CCGUUGUCUGUCAAUCUAAUGUCUAUUAGUUGAAUUCGACCAAUGGCGAAUGACUAAACAGUGUCGUCUCUCAAGGUGCGUGGUGUAUACGUUUUAUUUGGAUUUUUUUGUUGUUUAUUAUUAUUAUUAUUAUGGACAUUUAUAAUUUUCGUGUAAUCUGUCGUGAAAUAUUCUGAAACAUGACUGUUAAGUGUAUUGCUUGCAGUAGAAAAUACCUUAAAGGCAAUUUAGUAACUUUUUACAGUUUCCAGAUAUUAGAAUUAAGACAUUCAAAGAAACUAUAAAAACGCCUCUUAGAGCUACCAUAUGUCACUGAACAUAUGCGAUUUCCUGGAAAUUCUGAAUUGAAGAACAGUUGGAUACAGGCCCUAGGAAUAUACAGUAGAUUUUUAAAAAGUUAGAAUUUUUGUUUCUCCCUAUGGUAGAAUAUGUUUGAAAAAGGAAGCUAAACAUAUUUCUUUUGACAGAAAGGAGAAUGAUAAUUUAUUAGAUUCUCAGAAAAAAAGGUUCUGCAAGGUAAAUAUUCUUGAGAAUAUUUUGUUGGGUAGGAAUGAAAGUCCAAAACAAAAACCAUUCAAUAUCCUCUUUCUCAACAGAGUCCUAUUUUAACAUCUUCUAUGGAAUCAGCCAAUUUUACAAACAGAUUGCCCAAAUAGGAAUGACGGGAGAGAGCUGAGGGAUUCAAGAAAUUUAGUGACUAGUGUGCAUCAUAUUUAAACAUUAACAAAAUAAAUAAUCAUCAUGCCUAGUGUCCUAAAUUUAGUGAUUUUGCUUUUAAUAAACUUUACAAAUAUUAUCGCAUCUGAAGAAAAUCUGCCACCACCAUGUUUUAGUGAAGUAUAUUGCUAUGGGCGCCUUUUGGACACAGUUCAAAUGAGUAAUAUUUACAAAGAUUCCAAAACUUUCGUUGACAUGAAAAUGAAAUAUGGUCCCAAUGAAACCCUCAGACUCUUUGAUGAAUUCAUAGCUAACCAUCAGUUGAAACCAACCCCAGAAGAAGUUAUGAAUUUUUUAAAUACAAAUUUCGAUCCGGCUGGUAUGGAGUUCGAAGACUGGGUUCCGAGUGAUUGGGUGCCAACUCCCAAAUUUGUAGAUCUCAUUAAAGAUCCAAAAUACCAAGAUUGGGCUACGAAAUUAAAUGAUAUUUGGAAAAUUCUUGGAAGGAAAAUGAAAGCCGAGAUUAAGGAAAACAAGGACUACUACAGUAUUAUUUGGAUACCAAAUCCUGUGAUUGUUCCUGGUGGUCGAUUUAGGGAAUUUUAUUAUUGGGAUUCCUAUUGGAUAUUACAAGGCCUUUUACUUUCCGAAAUGCACAUUACUGUUAAGGGAAUGUUAGAAAACUUUUUAUAUAUUCUAAAUCAAUUUGGUCACAUCCCUAAUGGGGGUCGAAUAUAUUACUUAGCUCGAUCUCAGCCUCCUUUGCUUACUCCUAUGGUUAAACUGUAUUAUGAUUAUACAAAUGAUCUUGAAUUUGUUAAAGCCAGCAUAGAAACUUUAGAAAAAGAAUUCAACUUUUGGAUGAACAAUCAUACUAAAAUCGUUACGCUUAAUGAUGUCAAUUAUACAUUAGCUUUAUACGGUGACAGAUCGUCAGGACCUAGACCUGAAUCUUACACAGAUGACGUUAAAAGUGCCAGCAUAUUUGAAGAUAAUGAAGAAAAACAAGCGUUCUACUCAGAAUUAAAGGCUGGGGCUGAAUCUGGAUGGGAUUUUUCCAGUAGAUGGUUCGUUACUAACUCUACCAAUAAAGGAAAUUUAACUAGUAUUAAAACGAGGUCCAUAAUUCCUGUGGAUUUGAAUGCUAUGAUUUACUGGAAUGCUGAUCUUUUAUCUAAAUUUUAUGAACUACUUGGAAAUGAGAAAAAAUCCUCUGAAUAUAAUAAAAAGGCAACUGAAUGGCUGCAAGCUGUAGAAGCUGUAUUGUGGCACGAAGAUAUUGGUGCUUGGUUAGAUUAUGACAUUAUUAAUGAGGAGAAAAGAGAUUAUUUUUACCCGACCAACGUUUCACCAUUAUGGACAGGCUGUUUUAAUAAAACUAAUAAAGAAAAAACUAUUAAAAACGUUCUCAAAUAUCUUCAGAAUGAAAAUAUCAUGUAUCAAGGUGGUGUUCCCAGUAGCAUAGAACAAACUGGUGAACAAUGGGACUAUCCAAAUGCCUGGCCUCCUCUUCAACACAUGAUGAUUGUUGGAUUACAUAAUACUGGUGACGAAUUUGCCAUGAGAUUAGCCUACGAAAUUGCUGAACGAUGGGUUAGGACUAAUUAUCAGGCCUUUAACGAAAGUGGACAUAUGUUUGAAAAGUAUGAUGCAACGGUUCCUGGAGGUCACGGGGGAGGGGGUGAAUAUGAUGUGCAACUAGGUUUCGGGUGGACAAAUGGAGUUAUCAUGGAUCUCUUGAACCGUUAUGCUGACAAACUGUCUGCAGAAGAUACUCAACCAAUGGUUGAAAAUAUAGCAUCUACUUUAUAUAGUACACCAUCCUCCGGUAUUAGUUCUAUAACGACAGCUUUGAUAGCUUUACUGGUGUCGUUGACAGCAGGAUUUACAGGGGUGUUGCUUUACAAAAGAAGAACUCAGAAGCAAGUCCAACCGGUGGAAACUAAAAAAAGACCUUCUACGGCUAGAUAUACAGAACUGAAAAAUAUAUCGAAGUAUUCCAGGACUGCGAGGUAAAUAUAUCCGGAUAGUAACAGACAAAAUGAUUAAAAUAAAUGUAGAAAACGGCAAGAAUUUUUCUAUAAUAAAAAAUUGGUUACAAAAAAUAAGGUAAGAUGGAAUAAGUACACCGAAAGUUUCUGUUUGAUAGAUAUGACAUUAUAUUAUUGUAAAAAUAAAUUUAUAAUAAAUAAUUCGUUGCUCUUUGUAAAGUGAUAUUCCAUGAAUAGUUACACGCUUUAUCACAAGGGAACAAAAAAAUUAUAAUCUACUGUGAAUCAAAAAUAGGGCAGUCUACGGGUUAAAUAAUAAUCAUACUCUCCCUAUUCAUCCCGUUACCAGUGAAUUCAACCCCUGAAGUUGCUGAGCUUUGCCGUGGCGCUCCGGGGCGACUUAAAGAUGAUUGAUGCUGCCUUUUGACUUACAGGUGUGGAAAACAUCACCAACCAUCAUCGAAACGGUAAUGCAUGGCGAUUUGUAAUCUGGAUGCCAUGUCACCAGAAAGGAAAUUACUGCUAAUACGGCACACAUCAAAUCCUAUAACGAACCAUGCAAAGCAAUUAAAAAAUCACAUGGUCUGCUGUAGGAUUCGAAGCCGCUUGUCUUUCAACCACAAAAUUGCCUAUAAGUGAAUAUAAGCCUGUGAGACAACUGCGCUACCGAGCCGAUAAAGUGACAUUUCUUUCUAGACUAAUCAUGUCAAAUUUUUUAUAGCUAGUCGGUUUUUUACUAAAACAAAAUAUUUAAAUUAUAUGGAAAUAAUAUAAUUUUAACCCUUAUAAUAUUCAGAGUGAAAGAAAAGUCUGGAAAUGGCUAAUUUUCUCGAAGCGAUGAAACAUAAUUAACAGAAGUUUUUAGUACGUAAUGGAAUAUUAUUUAAAAAUUUCUGGUAUUUGAAAAGAUAACACUAUUUAAAUUCUAAAUGUUGUAGUAUAAGGUUUCAACUUAUCCCAUCUUACCUAAAGCAAAAUUACAGAAGAGUUAAAAUUUUUUAGAAAAAAAUUCAUGACAACUAAUUAAUUUUUAUUGUAGACAAUUUUCUGUUUUUUUCAGUUAGUCCAAGAGUAUUAUGGAAUUAAUAUUUUCUAGUUACAUUGAAUUUUUAUGAUUAGGUGCGUAAAAAAAUUCACAGUAUUUUGCUAUUUUCUUAAAAUCAAAUGUACAAUUUUAAGAAACGUGUUUUAAAUUAAAAUUUAAAAAAAUCAUCUACGGAUGCGCUUAAAUGCCACAAUUAUUAAUUUUGUUCAUUUGAUUAGAAAUUUAUAUUAUAAUGUAUUGUAUAAAAAGCUAUUCUGUGUUAUAAUAUUUACCUAUUUAUUUUUAAAAGUCUCUUUAUUGAUUUGAUAUACCUACUUUGCUAUUUAAGUCUUCCGCCAAUUUUCCUAAUAUCACAUUAUCUUUAUACAUUAAGCAUUCUCUCCUUAUCUUCAAUAAUGUCAUCUAAAAUUGGUGUGUCUAUGGACAUAUCCGCAAUCCACAAUAAUAAACGUAUUUGGCAUUUUUUGCGCCUAUAUUGAUAAUUUUUAAAAGUUUUUGAUACACAAACAAAAGUGGAUGUAUAAAUUUAAUAAAACUUUGUUUCAAAAAAAAAGAAAUUAUUGUUUCUUUAAAAAUGAUAUUGUUAAAAAGUCUUCGACGUUCGUGGAAAUAAUUAAUUUGUCUUAUUUUGAAAUAUGGGUGAUAUUUUUGGAAAACACUGAGGCCUUUUACCAGUUAUCGUAUACUAAAUAGCACUGCAAUCGUAUAAUUUGCAAGUGCGUAAAAUAAUGUCUAAUCAAUUUUGAUAAUAAAUUUAAAAUUUCAUGAGAAUACAUGCACUGAUUUGAAAAUGCUUUUAUCUUAAAUGUAUGAUGCGCAAAAAAAACAUUUUUUUGUAUGACAAAAUUAUUCUCUAAUUCGAGAUAGAUUUUAGGAUUUUUCUCAUAUAUGUCUAAUUUAGUAUGUGUUUGUUUUUAAAAAUAAUAAAAGUCUCGAAUAUACUCUUCCAAGACAGGAAACUUUGUAAAAUGAUUUGGUUUUGUGAUAUUGUAGAUGUAUCUUACAUUUAUGUUUAUUUUGAUUAUUUUUGUGAAAUAAUAUACAUUAUGGAAUAAAUUUAAAUAAAUACAAAAUGAA